GACCAAUAUCAAGCAGUGUUCAUGGCGUCUCUGCCACCCAGGCUCAGCCAUUUUGCUCAAGCAGAACCAGCGUUUAUACAAGCUAAAUCAUCGUUUCUCACUCCCGGCCAUUCCACACAAGCUAAGCCAUUAGCAAAUUCUGCCCCUACUGCACCUGCACCUCGUCCACAACAACAGCAAUUGGUGCAGAAUAAUCGCCGUAGAACGGAAGUGGCACCGGCACCUGUAGUAAGCAACGAAAAACAGCCUGCAAAGAGAAAACGUAGGAGGGCGGAUUCAAAUUCACCUGAUGCACCCUAUGUUAGACUUGUCUCUAUUACGGAUGAUGACCCGAACGCGAUGGACGUCGAAGAUGUCGAUGGGCUCAAGUCUCGCAAUUUUCAAGCAUUUGACAGGAUCAAAGACCCGAUGAUCUGCUGUAUUUAUUGCCACGACGUUGGACCUUACAUAUGGACAUGUCAGGCUGAAGGUUGCGGGAACCCUGUGUGUGUCGGCUUGAGUGAAUGCGAUCACGGAUGCGUGAAUAUAUUCUCUGAUCCAGAGACCGGUAACAUGAGCGUGACUGAAAAGACAUUCAUGUGUCCUCGAUGCCAUCGGGAUAAAGGUCUAGCAAUGACUUACAAUGUUCAAGGAUACUCUGUUCGACAAGACUUUCUCUAUCGCAACCGUUUCCCACUGCUCGCUAUUUUCUUGUCAUGGAGUGGUUUUGAAAGCCCGUUUGCUUCAAAUCUAAUCAGAUUAACGCUGGAAGAACAUUAUCGUCGGGAUAAAAGCAGGUUACAUAUAAUGACGCGAGCCCUGAGAGCCGGGAAUAAUUGUCCACAAGCUAUGACCCCUUCCUUCGAUUGGAUGCGUGAGUUCAACUAUGAGGGAAAUCUGUUGAUAUUCGUCAACACGCAUUCUGACACGAAGACGGGCAAUCUCGUUGUAUCUGGAAACGAGAGAAAUCCAACGUCCAUUCCAAUUUAUGAGCUUCUUUCAAAGUACAUUGGGGAUCACAAUUUGAGAGCUGCAACGCAUGCAAUCUCCGCAAUCAACAAGAAAGCAGGUGUUGGUCCAUGCAUUCGGGGGCUUGUCAUCUGCGCAUGCGGAUCCACGGGAAGACUUGAUGACAGUGCACUGUUGUUAACACGAUUCGUGAAAGAGGAUAUCCUCGAUUUUGUGCUUACAUUUUCGGGUGUACCGACAAUGGAUCCAGUGGUCGUUCCUGCGUUGAAUCGCUUUAUCGAGAACGUGUAUGUAUACGGCUUGCAGAUGUGGGACGCGCUGGAGGAAUCAUUUGGUGAAGAUAGACACGCCCUCAACCAAUCACCCGUAUUUCUGUCAUUCGCCGAGAUGAAGACCAAUGGAGACAAAGUGCGACAACGUACCGUCCACACCAGGGUCCUAGCAUACUCCAAUCUCAGAGACGGGCGGCCUUGGGGCCUUGACAUAUACCGGUGUUUGAGUGCCGCGUGCAACGCACCUGCUUAUAACAUGGUUUUUCAUCCACACGGAAAGCAGUACUACGGGAAGCAGUGGGUCCAAACGAAGAUUAAAUAUGAAUGUCUGGAAUGCGGUGUCGUCCAGAAAGCCAUUUCAUGUCCACCUUGGAUACAUGCAGCGCGGUCUCAAAACUAUGGACGUGUUUGGUACGAGUGGCCACUCAGCGCUGAGCACAAAAGAGACAUCGGAAUCAUAUGCUGACCAUGAUGUCAUGUUUCGUUUACUCAUCUGCAUACUUCUCACGCAAAGUCGAUAUCCCUCCCUGCUCGAGGUUCUUUUUACGAUUUAGAUCACUAUAGUAUGUAUAAUGUGCCAUUUUGUCGCAUACAUUCUAAUAUAUAUAAGCACGGAAUGUCUGAUCCCAUGGAACCAAUUCGCGU